CUAGAGAGUCUGCGCAUGCGCUUCUCUCGCGGCAGCGACUUCCGCUCCUGAUUAGCGUGUGUAUUUUUGCUGAGUAAUCGAAUGCGCCCCAUGACUUAGUUCCUCUUUAAUUAGUCGAGAACGGAUUGAAACCUGGACAUCGUUCUUUAAUCACUAAUUUAAACGUCCAAAACAUUCUUUAAAUCUUCGUGUUCAUCUCAACUCGGGGUGCAAGUUGUGAUUUUUCGCCUUGUUAGCUUAGCUCGCUAGCCGCUAACAACAACAAAAACAAGUUUGUUUGCAGAAUAUCGCAAAUUAGAGCUCACCGGUGAAAGUGUGGCGAUAAUCGUGUGAAAAUGUUCGCGAGAACGACGGCGAAGUGCAAGAAGGAACUUUGUGAAACGAAAGUGGAGGACGAGCGAGAACGUCGCUUUGUGGACGCAGUUGUGUUACCCAGAUCAGACAUCAGUGGAAAGUUUCAUCCGGGGCGGGAGCAGUCCGUGUCUUCUCGAAUCAAAGAGGAAGAGCGGGAUGAAGAGGUUGAGGACAUCAAAGAGGAGAGAGAAGAGUUUCUACAGAUGAAAGAGGAAGAGCAGGAGGAAAUCAUCAAGGUUCCAUCGAUUGGUGUCCAUUUGAAGAGCGAAGAUGAAGGUCAAAAUGGGGGAAGCAGAGGGGCGGAGCCUCCAAGCAGGAGCCCAAGUCAACACAACACAAAUGGUGAUGGAGACCACCGUGGAGGAUCGCAAGCCGACGGACUCGUAGCACCACCGUCAGAAAGUGAUGACAUGAUGUCACACUCCCCCCACAGUAAGGAUGAUAAAGAAGAUGAACAUUUGGAAGACAUCAGUGGAAAGCUUCAUCUGGGGCGGGAGCAGUCCGUGUCUUCUCGAAUCAAAGAGGAAGAGGUAGAGCACAUCAAAGAGGAGAGAGAAGAGUUUCUACAGAUUAAAGAGGAAAAGCAGGAGGAAAUCAUCAAGGUUCCAUUGAUUGGUGUCCAUUUGAAGAGUGAAGAUGAAGGUCAAAAUGGGGGAAGCAGAGGGGCGGAGCCUCCAAGCAGGAGCCCAAGUCAACACAACACAAAUGGUGAUGGAGACCACCGUGGAGGAUCGCAAGCCGACGGACUCGUAGCACCACCGUCAGAAAGUGAUGACAUGAUGUCACACUCCCCCCACAGUAAGGAUGAUAAAGAAGAUGAACAUUUGGAAGGUGAUAUUGCACGUGACAAGUCCAAAAAAAUCUUGAAAUGUUCCCAAUGUAGGAAAAUGUUUACUUCUGUGACCACUUUCAAACGACACAUGAAGACGCACACGGGCGUGAUAGAUUUUCCCUGCUCAGUUUGUGGUCAAAGAUUAUCCCGAAAGGAAAACUUAGUCCGUCACAUGAGAACCCACACUGGUGAGAAACCUUUUCCCUGCUCAAUUUGUGGCAAACAAUUCCCUGAAAAGCGAAGCUUAAAAAGACACAUGCAAACCCACACAGGUGAGAAACCUUUUGCCUGCGUAAUUUGUGGUCAAAGAUUCGCUGAUCGCAGAUAUGUAAGACAACACAUGAGAACCCACACUGGUGAAAAGCCUUUUUCCUGCUCAGUUUGUGGUCAAAGUUUCCCUGUGAGGGCGAAAUUAAUAAUACACAAAACAACACACACUGGAGAAAAACCUUAUUCCUGUUCAAUUUGUGGCAAAAUAUUCUCCGUAAAUCAGGGCUUAGUAAGACAUACAAGAACCCACACUGGUGAGAAAACUUUUUCCUGCUCUAUUUGCGGCAAACGAUUCGCCAAUAAUGUAAGACUAAUAAGGCAUACAGGAACCCACACUGGUGAGAAACCUUUUUCCUGCUCUAUUUGCCACAAACGAUUUGCGAAGAAUGUAGAGCAAAUUAGACAUACAAGAACCCACACAGGUGAGAAACCUUUCGCCUGCGUAAUUUGUGGUAAAAGAUUCGCUGAUCGCAGUUAUGUAAGACAACACAUGAGAACCCACACUGGUGAAAAGCCUUUUUCCUGCUCAGAUUGUGGUCAAAGUUUCCAUGUGAGGGCAAACUUAAGAAUACACAAAAGAACACACACUGGAGAAAAACCUUAUUCCUGUUCAAUUUGUGGCCAAAGAUUCUCCGUAAAUCAGAGCUUAGUAAGACAUACAAGAACCCACACUGGUGAGAAACCUUUUUCCUGCUCUAUUUGCGGCAAACGAUUCACCAAUAAUGUAAGACUAAUAAGACAUACAGGAACCCACACUGGUGAGAAACCUUUUUCCUGCUCAAUUUGCAACAAACGAUUCGCCAAGAAUGUAGAGCAAAUUAGACAUACAAGAACCCACACAGGUGAGAAACCUUUUGCCUGCACAGUUUGCGGUCAAAGAUUAUCCCGAAAGGAAAGCUUAGUCAUUCACAUGAGAACCCACACUGGUGAGAAACCUUUUUCCUGCACAGUUUGUGGGCAAAGUUUCGCCAAUAAUCGAAGCUUCAAAAGACAUACCAGAACCCACACAGGUGAGAAUCUUUUUCCCUGCUCACUUUGUGGUAAACAAUACCCUGAAAAGCAAAGCUUAGAAAGACACAUGCGAGCCCACACAGGUGAGAAACCUUUUGCCUGCGUAAUUUGUGGUCAAAGAUUCGCUGAUCGCGGAUAUGUAAGACGACACAUGAGAACCCACACUGGUGAAAAGCCUUUUUCCUGCUCAGUUUGUGGUCAAAGUUUCCCUGUGAGGGCAAACUUAAUAAUACACAAAAGAACACACACUGGAGAAAAACCUUAUUCCUGUUCAAUUUGUGGACAAAGAUUCUCCGUAAAUCAGAGCCUAGUUAGACAUAGAAGAACCCACACUGAUGAGAAACCUUUUUCCUGCUCUAUUUGUGGCAAACAAUUCCCCACAAAUGUAAGACUAAUAAGACAUACAAGAACUCACACAGGUGAGAAACCUUUUGCCUGUGCAAUCUGUGGUAAAAGAUUCUUUGAUCGCGGAUAUUUUUUCAGACAACACAUGAGAACCCACACUGGUGAAAAGCCUUUUUCCUGCUCAGUUUGUGGUCAAAGUUUCCCUAUGAGGGCAAACUUAAGAAUACACAAAAGAACACACACUGGAGAAAAACCUUAUUCCUGUUCAAUUUGUGGCCAAAGAUUCUCCGUAAAUCAGAGCUUAGUCAGACAUACAAGAUCCCACACUGGUGAGAAACCUUUUUCCUGCUCUAUUUGUGGCAAACGAUUCCCCACAAAUGUAAGGCUAAUAAGACACACGAGAAUCCACACAGGCGAGAAACCUUUUACCUGCACAGUUUGUGGUCAAGGAUUCACUAAAAACAAAUAUUUAACAACACACUCAAGAACGCACACCGGAGAGAAACCUUUUUCCUGCUCAAUUUGUGGAAAAAGGUUCUCUCGUCAGUAUCUGGCCAACCGUCACAGGUGUGUUGAUGAGAACGCCAAUGAUCCAUGAAAGUUUUUCCCGUCAUCUGAACAGGUGUCAUCAGUUCAUGCAACAAGGAUGAUUGCAUUUAUUCUAUGUUACCUUCUUUAUGAGAGCCUGCAGGUGUACCUGGAGACUGUUUUAAUAAGAGCUUUGCAAAGACUUUAGCAAUGCACGAGGACUAUCAGUGGCCCAAUAGAUACUUUUCACUGACGCCAAUCACGUGUUUGUUUUGGACGGCAAGAUCGUGUCUACGUAUCAUGGUUAUCAUGGCUAGGAAGCGAUAAAUGUUUACUGUAAUGUUUUGUUAUUGUUUGAUCUUAUCUUGAAAGUUCUUUGACAAACAAACACUGUAACUAGAAGUGAUUGAGGCACUUUUGCUGGCGUGAGGAAUAAUCCACAUGUGAAACUGAGAGCACUGUGUCGACGUCAGCGGGUUGCGACGAGACAGGACGAUAAGGAAGUGAGCUCGAGAGGUUGGGAAGCAAAAUAAACGUCACCCACGUUUGAUGACACGUGACCUUUAAAGACUGUCACUACAGAAACACCCAUAAGAUGGUCUUCUCGCUACCGACUCACCGAGAAAUGUUACUCAGCCAGUGGCCGGCGC